AUGUACGAAGGGAUUGACAACCUGAAAUCCCUUUACGACCGUGCCGGGAAGACUUUCUCCGGCGGUCCUUCUGCGGCACAGGAUGUGCCGCGUCGUACUGCUCAACCAGACCCAGUACGUCAAUCAUCAGUUGGGAGCGGGGCUCCCAAGAAUCCCAGGACGGGGGAUAACCGCGCCACCGGACGAGGUAACUCGUCCGACGUCCGUUCACGUCGCGGUGGUUCAACAGCUGCUCAACUAGAUAGCGCUGGCCACCGCGAGAGUCCUCUAAUGGAGGUGGAGGAGGAGGGAAGACGCUGUCCACACAAUCGUGAGGAAGCGUGUGUUCCCGAGAGCUUCUUUUAUCGCGUAACGCAAGGGUUACGCGACGAUCUCGAACAUGAGCGGGACAGGCGUCUCCAAAUGGCGGACACUGUCUCGAAGCAUCGAGCUGAGUUUGCCUUUGCUCAGCUUGAGAACGAGAGAGCUCUGACAUCUCUUCGUGACGAGCUAAGGGUAGCUCGUGUGGAUAUUGAUCGGUCUCGGGAUGAGAUAACUGCUCUUCAGACCCUUGUCGAUGCCCACCAUCGGGAGCACAAGGCUCUCUGCGAGAUGCUUGAGCGCAAGGGCGUACUUCAUCGGAAGAAACAGCGUACUGAUGGGACGGCUUAA